AUGUCGGCCGGCGUGACAGUGUGGGAUCAGCCGCACGAUCCAGAGAGUGUGGCGCACAAUAUUUCGCAGGCAUAUGGUUUUCGGUCAUUAACGUUGUCCAUCGCCGGCGCCAUCGCAGGUGUGCUUGGCCUCCAAAACUUGUGGGGUUUCGGCUUCUUUCUCGUGUCCGUGGCGUUUGUGAAUGUGAUGUUAAUUGCUGUUAAUACUUCGUACAAACCUGAACAGUACUUUGUGAUUGUGCCCCCACCUGUAUUGACGACGGCGUUAGAGAGGCUUGUGCCCAGCAAGGCCGAGCAGCUGCGCAAGCCGCAGUCACUAAUUCGGCGCGCUGUUUUCCUGGGUCAAUGGGUCUUAUUUCAAGGAGCGCAGGAAAACAUUCUCAGCUUCAUGCUGUGGUGGACUCUCUGGUUUGGUCUGGUGCAUGUGUAUGAUUGA